GAAGGUCGAAAACAAAAGAACAAGGCUUUCUUUCUCUCUCUCUCUUUCUUGUUCAUUUUCUCUCACUUGAAACAUGCACACGGUGCUCUGAAAGUUCUAACCCCAAAGUUGGGAACACACUGGGACGAUAUUAUAGCAUAUCUCUAGAAAGAUGUCUAGCAGGAGGUCACGGUCAAGGCAAACAAGUAGUUCAAGGAAUAUCACCGAUGAUCAGAUCAAUGAUCUUGUCUCCAAGUUGCAACAGCUUCUUCCAGAGAUUCGCGAUAGGCGCUCUGACAAGGUUUCAGCUUCCAAGGUGUUGCAAGAGACAUGCAACUAUAUUAGAAGCUUACACAGGGAAGUGGAUGACCUAAGCGAGCGUUUAUCUGAGCUCUUGGCUACAACUGACACAGCACAAGCUGCAAUAAUUAGAAAUCUACUAAUGCAAUAGAUCGGUGCAGUAGUUAAUUUAUCGCAUAAUUCAUAGUUAGCACUUCAGUACUUGUGAACCGAUCCAGUCAGUAGUCGCGUAUUUCUUAUUCUCUUUUUGUUUCACUUUUUUUUUUCUGGUUUUUGUCCACUAAUAUGCAUGAUUACUGCUUUUGCAAAGCCCAUUUUCCUAAGAUAUUAAAUAAAAGUCUGAGUUUGCGCUUUGCUAAAUA